UCAGCGAGCUGCUGCUGGUGCGUGUGUUAGCAGCACGCCCUGAUAGAUAUCAGACAUAGAUACCAUCGGCCCUGCAGGCGAGCACUAGGAUCUGUUAGAUAUCUCUUUCUCUUAAGGUACCGGAGACAGGCUGACCAAUGCGACCGAAACAACUCCACAUAUACCCCAGGAUAUUUCCGACUCGUUUGCAGAGGAACUUUCAUUUGUCCCCCGGAGUCUUUUCUUUCUGUCGCCAAUAAGUUUACCUGGAAUUCCCGCCUGUCUGCCUGCCUGCCGGUCCGGGCUGGGUGCAGACAGAAGAGAACACGGUCUGAUUGUAGCGGUCAUAUCAAACCAACUGGCUGGUGAUCAUGAGCAUGAAAACGCGCGGCUGGAUUUUCCACAUGUUUCUCUGCUUGGGAAUAGUGUAUUUGAAAAUAGGGGUUUUUUCGUCCGUGGUGGCAUUAGGCGCGGGUAUCAUCUGUAACAAGAUCCCGGGUUUAGCUCCACGACAGCGGACGAUCUGUCAGAGCCGACCCGACGCCAUCAUAGUGAUCGGAGAAGGAGCUCAGAUGGGCAUCAAUGAGUGCCAGUUUCAGUUUAAAAACGGACGGUGGAACUGUUCUGCCCUGGGAGAGAGGACCGUAUUUGGAAAAGAGCUGAACGUGGGUAGUAAGGAGGCAGCGUUUACCUACGCCAUCAUCGCCGCAGGUGUGGCCCAUGCCAUCACAGCAGCAUGUACCCAGGGGAACCUGUCCGACUGUGGCUGUGAUAAGGACAAGCAGGGGACCUACAGCCAGGACGAGGGCUGGAAGUGGGGAGGCUGCUCGGCUGACGUGAGCUAUGGCCUGGGGUUCUCUAAGGUCUUCGUAGACGCGAGAGAGAUCAAACAGAACGCCAGGACCUUAAUGAACCUCCACAACAACGAGGUGGGACGCAAGAUCCUGGAGAAGAGUAUGCGUGUGGAGUGUAACUGUCACGGAGUGUCAGGAUCCUGCACCACUAGGACGUGUUGGACCACGCUGCCUAUGCUCCGCCAGCUGGGCUACAUGCUGAUGGACAAGUACAACCAGGCCGUGCACGUAGAACCAGUACGCGCCACGCGACACAAACGACCCACCUUCCUGAAGGUCAAGAAGGCCCACUCCUACAGGAAGCCCAUGGACACAGACUUGGUGUACGUAGAGAGGAGCCCUAACUACUGUGAGGCUGACCUGGUCACGGGCAGCAUGGGUACCCAUGGGAGGUCAUGUAACAAGACAGCCCAACAGACUAAUGGCUGUGACCUGAUGUGUUGUGGACGAGGUUACGACACUCACCAGUACUCUAGAGUCUGGCAGUGCAACUGCAACUUUCUCUGGUGCUGCUAUGUGAAGUGUAAUACCUGCAGAGAGAGGACAGAGGUAUACACCUGUAAAUAAGAGUUAUAUGUGGGUUACAGUGUCUUAUCAUUUAGGGGUGUGGAGACUUCACUAUUCUCUUUAGUAUCUUAUCAUUUAGGGGUGUGGAGACUUCACUAUUCUCUUUAGUAUCUUAUCAUUUAGGGGUGUGGAGACUUCACUAUUCUCUUUAGUAUCUUAUCAUUUAGGGGGGUGGAGACUUCACUAGUCUCUUUAGUAUCUUAUCAUUUAGGGGGAUGGAGACUUCUCCUUAGUAUUUUAUCUCAUACAUCUCUCCCCAGAACCUAAUCCAGCAACCUAAUCCAGGUCUGAGAGAGAGAGAGAGGCAUAUUUCAGUGAUAGGGAUGUCUGUGGCUGACAUGGAUGUUACAAUGACAGGAGUGGAGAGUAAGAGAUGUAUGGUAUCUUCUGGUCUGUUCAUGGACAUACUGUUUACUCUUUUGACCCAGAGCAGGACAGUACUAAAUGUGCUACUGGACUACUACAACACUGGACUACUAUUGUACAAACUCCCUGCUCCUUCAGUCACAAGCUGCUCCUUCGAGCCGGAUGAUAGACUGCCCUCAUCACUGCUUUAAUGGCCCGGAACUGGACAAUAGAACGAAAUGAUACACGCUGUGAUUUACUGGAGCUAGCUAUGUGAACUCAAGUUUAUACACUGGACCUGUACUUACUGUAAGAGUGGAAGAUGAUUUGUAACGUUUAUGCAACUAGCUACAUCACAUUCAAACUUGAAAAAUCUAACGUUCUUAAACUAAUUUAACAGAAUACACCACGGCCAAUCAGAUGCAGCUUCUUCUCGAUGAAGGAGAGUUCUGUGAAUCUGAUCGAUUCACAUAAAAUAAGUAGUUUUGGGACAAAAAGAGCUACAAGAUUGUUAACUGCUGAACUGGAGGGUCAGGGUGUACUUCUAUUUAUUAUGGAUCCCCAUUAGUUCCUGCCAAGGCGGCAGCUAGUCUUCCUGGGGUUUAUUAUGGAUCCCC